GUUUCUUGGAUAAAACUAUUCAUAUUUUAUCGGGAAAAGUUAAUUAAUUUGCCUCUGAUUUGUCCCAUUUAGAUCUCACCCUUCUGCUUAGACUAAAGUUUAUGGACUCAUUGACAUUUAGAAAGGAGUUGAUGUUUUCGAGGACUUUUUCUUUUCAUGCUAAAAGCCUACUCUCAUUUGCACAAAACCAAUCUACACUGUGUUCUUCCUCUCUGUAGACUCUGUGAGAAUCUCUUCUCUGCAGCUGUCAAUUGUCAUCUUCUGUCCCUUUUAAGCUAAUUGCGACUCCUCUUCCUCUGCUCUGCUUCACGGCCAAAACCCAUUAAUGGAUCCACGAUAAGUACCUGUUUGCUGCAUUUGCAAUACGACAAGGCCUGGUGUUUUUACCCUAGUGUGACUUCAAAUUUUUGAUAAGAAAUGAUGGAGGCUGGACCGGAAAUAACAUUUGGAAACAACCGUUGCAACAGUUUUUCCAGCAAGGGAGAGCUUGAAACUGAUGGCUUAAGUGAUUUCAAUGGAUUUGGUUCUGAAAGAUCAAAACUGGAUAUGGGAACCAUUGUCGGGUCCAUUAAGACAAAGAAGAAAGAAUUGCCUAGAACAGAUGUCGAGGCUUCAUUGAGACAAGAGAUUCUACAGCUUGAAAAAAGAUUGCACGACCAAGUAGGUGUUCGUUGCGGUUUAGAAAAGGCCCUCGGUUAUAAAUCUUCAUCUCCUUGUCACAUUAUAAAUGAGGAAUCCAUGCCUAAGCCUGCAACCGAAUUAAUUAAAGAAAUUGCAGUAUUGGAAGUAGAAGUCACUCAUUUGGAACAAUAUCUUCUAUCUCUUUAUCGCAAAGCGUUUGAUCAACAAGUUUCGACUCCUCCUCCUAAGAAAGAAGAGAAAUCAAAACCACCUUUAACUACUCCAAGAAGAGUCUGUCUUGAAUUUUCAGACAAUCAAAAUCUAGUGGAUUCGAGCGUACAACGUUGCCACUCUUCAUUAUCGAGCCGAGCUUCUCCCAAAUCCAUCCGUGCCUGUUUCUCCCAACCGUUGUCCAUGACAGAGUAUGCUCAGAAUAGUUCUACUAAUGUAAUCAGUCUAGCCGAACAUCUUGGAACACGUAUAUCUGAUCAUGUACCAGAUACUCCCAACAAUCUUUCAGAAGACAUGAUCAAGUGUAUGGCGGCUAUCUAUUGCAAGCUUGCAGAUCCACCUUCGACGAAUCGUGGUCAUUCAUCCCCUAGCUCGUCAUUGUCAUCAACUAGCGCCUAUUCUCCAAAAGAUCAAUACGAUACAUGGAGUCCCGGGUUUAGGAAAUAUUCAUCUUUUGAUGUUCGGUUAGAUAACCCGUUUCAUGUUGAAGGUUUAAAGGAGUUUAGUGGACCUUACAGCACCAUGGUUGAAGUUUCCACCAUAUACAGAAAUAACAAGAAUUUGGAAGAUAUUGAUGACAUGUUACAGAAUUUCAGGUCUUUGAUUUCUCGGUUAGAAGAAGUUGAUAUUGAGAAGUUGAGACACGGGGAGAAGGUCGCGUUUUGGAUCAAUGUACACAAUUCAUUGGUGAUGCAUGCCCUGCUGGCUUAUGGAAUUCCUCAAAAUAAUGUCAAGAGAGUUUUCAUUCUACUAAAGGCCGCCUAUAAUGUUGGCGGGCACAUAAUAAGCGCAGAUACGAUACAGAAUAUAAUCCUAGGAUGUCGAAUGUCUCGUCCUGGACAGUGGCUGCGAUUGCUGCUUCCUUCUUCGCGAACUAAACUGAGUGGAGAUCAACGACAAGCAUUCUCAAUCAACCAACAAGAACCGCUCCUACACUUUGCACUAUGUUCGGGAAGCCAUUCUGAUCCUGCGGUUCGCGUUUACACUCCUAAAAGGAUAUUUCAAGAACUGGAAAUUGCGAAAGAGGAGUAUAUUCGUGCCACAUUUGGUGUAAAGAAAGACCAUAAAGUACUUUUGCCGAAAGUAGUGGAGAACUUUGCUAAAGAUUCGGGACUUUGCCCGGUUGAAGUGCUGGAGAUUGUUCAGCAAUGUUUGCCGGAGUCUUUGAGGAAGAGUGUUAAGAAGUGUCAGCUGGUUAAGCAUCGGAAAGGCGCCAUCGAAUGGGCUCCUUACAAUUUUGCAUUCCGAUACCUUGUUUCGAAGGAGCUGGUAAGGUAAACAGAUGGAAAUUUCAAAAACUUGGGAGCGGUUAUGAAAUGUUUUUAUGUUAGAUAGUUCUUGUUGUCCAAUCUUUUGUACAAAAAAAAAUGAAGUGAGAUUAAUGAUAGUUUUGAUUAUGUGUUGUUGGCCUAUGUUUGUUGAUUAUAUAUGAUAUAUGAAUUAGAUUUUUGUGA